UUUAAACCAGGGCUUUUGCCCCAUGACCCCAAUCAGGCCCCGCCCCUUCCUGGUUGUCUUAGCGACGGUGGUGGCGUCCCAAGAUGGCGUCGUGGCUGCCGGAGACUCUGUUCGAAAUUGUAGGACAAGGCCCGGCGCCGAGCAAAGACUAUUACCAGUUAUUGGUCACCCGGUCCCAGGUAAUCUUUAGAUGGUGGAAGAUCUCUCUGAGGAGUGAGUAUAGAUCAACAAAACCUGGAGAAACAAAAGAAACUCAUGAAGACUUCCUAGAGAACUCACAACUUCAGGUUCAAAUUGCCUUAAUAUUUGGUGCAAGAAUAUUAGACUAUGUCUUCAAUUUAUGCGAAGGUAAAUUUGACUUCCUUGAAUGGCUCUCAGAUGAUUUGCUCCUGAGUAUCCUUUCUUAUCUGGAUCUUGAAGACAUUGCCAGGCUUUCUCAAACAUCACGCAGGUUUGCAAAGUUGUGCACGUCAGACAAACUGUGGGAGCAGAUCGUCCAGUCUGCCUGUGACCACAUCACCCCAGACAUGAGAGCCUUGGCCCAGGAUAUGGGCUGGAGACAGAUGUUCUUCACCAACAAGCUGCAGCUCCAGCGGCACCUCCGCAAGAGGAUACAACGACAAGGAAGCCAGAGGAACAGUGAGCUGUAGGGUCACACAUUCCUACCUGCAGGAGAGUUGAGGCACGGCGGCGUUUUCCGUCUGUGUCCAAACCUCUUCUGCUGCCUUUGAUUAAGAACGAAGGUUUUGUUGAUUCAAGGAGCCAUAGAGUAUUUGCACACAAAUGCAGCACACCGCCUCUGCUGGGCUUUGCCCGAACCAUGGUCCCUGCCACAGGGAGGGUCAGGUCAUGGCCCCAGCACAGGGGCAGCAGGACAGGAGGUGCCCAUGUCCUGCCACCCAUAAGAAAAGAGGCUUCUGCUGUAUGGUAACAAACAAUAAAUGAUUAUUAGCAGGU